GAAAUUUUCUACGGUCGUCCCCGCCGACCCCGUAAUUUUCACAUCUUUUUUCAGUCCCUAAACCUUUUGUCUUUUGCACACCUCCCACUCUACGGUCGUGCUGAAGCGAUCCUUGUCUCAGCGAUUAUACUUCACUGUAAAAAUAUUGCCCACAGGUUUCAAAGAACAGAACACAGUCCAGGCCCUGUAUUGCAUACUGCUUGAGCCGGAGGAGAUGACAUCGUCGUUGGUAGCAGCUAGGUCAGCCGUUGGCAAGGAUCCGAAGAUUCGCAUCCCAAGCUUUACCGGCACCAGGAAUAAGCCUGAUUCGCUCCUCCGCAUUCAGCGUCUUAGCCUCUUUCGCUCUCUUUCCUCUUCCACUCCUAAUGUUUCCAUCAUUAGAGCCGUUUCCAUGCCUGCAAGGUCAGACACUGCUGCCGAGCCCAAACGUAGCAAGGUUGAAAUAUUCAAAGAACAAAGCAAUUUCAUACGGUAUCCUCUCAAUGAGGAAAUCCUUACAGACACACCUAACAUAAAUGAGGCAGCCACACAGUUGAUCAAGUUCCAUGGUAGCUAUCAACAGUAUGAUAGAGAUGAGCGUGGGAAAAGGUCAUAUUCCUUCAUGCUCCGAACAAAAAACCCUGGUGGAAAGGUUCCAAACAAACUCUAUUUGGUUAUGGACGAUCUCGCUGACCAAUUCGGUAUUGGAACUCUCCGGUUAACAACGAGACAAACGUUUCAACUCCAUGGUGUCUUGAAGAAAGACCUUAAAACUGUGAUGGGGACUAUCAUUAGAAACAUGGGGUCCACUCUUGGUGCGUGUGGUGAUCUGAACAGAAAUGUGCUUGCUCCAGCAUCCCCGCUUGCAAGCAAAAGCUAUUUAUUUGCCCAACAAACUGCCGAUAACAUUGCAUCAUUAUUAACUCCUCAAUCUGGGUUUUAUUAUGAUGUUUGGUUGGAUGGAGAGAGAUUCAUGUCAGCAGAAUCUCCUGAAGUGGUCAAAGCUCGAGAGGAUAAUUCUCAUGGGACAAACUUCCCUGACUCGGCUGAGCCCAUUUAUGGAACUCAGUUCUUGCCGAGGAAGUUUAAGGUUGCAGUUACCGUGCCGACGGACAACUCAGUGGAUCUUUUCACAAAUGAUGUGGGGAUAGUGGUCCUGUCAGAUGAUAAUGGAGAGCCUCAGGGUUUUAACAUAUAUGUUGGUGGUGGAAUGGGACGGACGCAUAGGAAUGAAGCCACGUUUCCUCGUCUUGCAGAGCCAUUGGGCUAUGUUUCAAAAGAGGACAUAUUGUAUGCUGUCAAAGCCAUUGUUGUUACCCAGAGAGAAAAUGGUCGAAGAGAUGACCGUAAGUACAGUAGGAUGAAAUAUUUAAUCAGCACAUGGGGGAUCGAUAAAUUUAGGACUGUUGUUGAACAGUAUUAUGGAAAGAACUUCGAACCUUGCCGUGAUUUGCCCAAGUGGGAGUUCAAGAGUUACUUGGGGUGGCAUGAACAGGGAAAUGGUAGUUUGUUUUGUGGUGUUCAUGUUGAUAAUGGCCGUGUCAAAGGGGAAAUUAAGAAGACACUAAGGGAAGUUAUUGAGAAGUAUAACUUGGAUGUGCGCAUUACACCAAAUCAGAACAUUAUCCUUUGUGAUAUACAGGAGGCUUGGAAAGACCCUAUCUCUGCAUCUCUUUCACAGGCUGGUCUGUUGGAACCUAAGCACGUGGAUCCUCUUAAUUUAACAGCAAUGGCAUGCCCGGCUUUCCCUCUUUGCCCUCUUGCAAUAGCUGAAGCAGAACGUGGAAUUCCUGGCAUUCUUAAGCGGGUUCGAGCUAUGUUUGUGAAGGUUGGCCUCGACCAUAAUGAAUCUGUUGUGGUAAGGGUAACUGGCUGCCCUAAUGGUUGUGCUAGACCUUAUAUGGCUGAGCUUGGAUUGGUCGGUGAUGGUCCCAACAGUUAUCAGAUAUGGCUUGGUGGAACAACCAAUCAAACAUUAUUAGCGAAACCUUUUAAGGAUAAGGUUAAGGUUCAAGAUCUUGAGAAAGUUUUGGAGCCGUUGUUCUAUGAUUGGAAACUGAAUAGGCUAUCAAGUGAAGGAUUUGGUGAUUUCACAAACCGCAUGGGAUUUGAAAAAUUGAAUGACCUGAUUAACAAAUCAGUAGACAUCGCUGCGGCCUGAGUUUUCAUCUAAUGAUAUGCUAUUAAGAUAAGUUCUGACAACGAGGAGCGGCGAUGAGAUUGCCCCUCUUGCGACUUUGCGAGCAAAGUUUUUCCCUUUUUCCUUUUGAGGUAGCCAAAUGAUUGAGCCACACAUAAAAUAGUCUCAUCAGACUAUGCUGUCGCCUGUUAAGGCAUGAUCUGCAGUUCAUUUGCAUCUAAAGUUUCCUUGUUUUUUUUGCAACCACGAUGAUUAACACGGCUAUGAUCAGAUAUUUUAUAUGGUUCUGAAAUCUGAAAUAGUUGGUGUUUUUUGCAGUCAUGUUCAAACAUGAUUAUGGAUAAUUGGAUAGGGGUGGACCCGCUCCCGGUCUCGGAUCGGCUGGUCCUGGUCCAUAAAUGGUGAAGCCCGAAACCGAUCCCGAUUUUAUGAGUCCGUGUGUGUAUUAUCCUUGUGAACCUCAAACGUGUUGCUUAUUCAACUUUCAUCCAUAUAUUUGCGUGGGUGUAGGCGCACAUAAUGUAUUGUUGUUGAGUUACAAGCUCCUCACAUUUAAAUGUGGGAGCGUGCAUUUUUGCACAAUGGAUACUCGGCCGGUCCUGGCUACCCGGCUGAUCCCAGGUGCGAUCUUGGGUCGGUUCAGGACCUUCAG